AUCACGUGAUAUAUGCUACUUCCAACCCCGAGACGCCAUUUUGGAAGAAAGUUUGGAAUUUUCUGUCACAGGAAGAAAAAGAAGGAUACCAGAAGAAGUUUGAGUCGAAGGAAUACAAAUGUAUUGGCCGAGAAAUUGUACGAGGGAUAUGUUUGCGAAACAGAGUGAAUAAGUCGCGGAGGCACGGGCUGAGUUUACAUGUGCCACUGAACUGGAUUUGCAGUUUGAGUUAUUUUAAAGCCCGCACUGCUUGCAAGCGACGUUGGACACUAAUGCAUGCGUGGAUUGACUGGUUUUAGCCGACUGAACACGCGUUUCUCUACUUUGUAUGGAUUUUAACGGGCAUUCGGACCUAGUUAGAAAAAUACCAACCAUUGCAUAUGUGGUGUCGUGGAGUCACCUCUUCGCCGCUGUCAGGUUCAAGAAGAGCAGCUGUCAACUAGCUAUCUGGUCGUUGGUGCUGGUUGCGUUUUUAGUGUGGACCCGAACGCCCACUCUGUAAUGUUACUGUCGUUUCUCUUUUUGUAUCACAGUAACGUAUUUUCCUUGAUAGUUCGUGGGCAAAAUUAAAACGUAACUUGUGGUUUCAUUGUAGAGAUUUGCAUACCCCUUGGAUACCAGGAGAGUGAAAGUGUUCUAUUCUAUCGCGUGUUCUAAAAACACUUAUCUGCGCGCGACUGGUGAUAUAGUUAGCUGGCUAGCAAGCUACAUAUUGUCUCGAGACAGCCUAAUCAUGCCAGUACGAAAGAAAGAUGCACAGCGAGCCCUGUCACUCCUGGAGGAAUAUCGCACUAAACUUAACCACACUGAGGACUGGCAACUGAGACUCUCCAUCCAGAGGGUCAUCGACAUCUUCCAGAGUAACCUUUUCCAGGCGCUCAUAGAUAUCCAGGAAUUUUACGAAGUGACCUUAUUGGAUAAUCAGAAAGGUGUGGAGUCCCCGAAGGCGUCGGAGCCCAUGCCACCGGUCAACCUGUGGGAUUUCUCUAGCUUCCAAAGCACAACGGUGACCUCAGACACUCUGCCAAGCCUUAGCACCAGCAUAGAGAAAUACAGGCACCACGAUGAGGACACAUCCCCCCAGGAGCAGAGCUCCCCCCAGCUCACUGACGAGGGCCCCGGCCCCGAGCUGGUCCAGGUGGCCGAGAAGAACCUUUCCCAGAUCGAGAAUGUCCACGGCUACGUGUCCCACGCGCACAUCUCACCCAUGAAGGUAGCUUCUCUGGAAUGCAUCUUUGACGGGCCGUCCACUUUAGGGCAGCAGGAGCUCCCUCCCCCCUUGCCCACCGCCCCAUACUCCCAAAGCCAUGAGGCAUCCCUCCUUCCCACCUGCUCCUCCUCAACCACCUACCCCCAAAGCCAGGCGCCGUUCCAGGCGAACCCUCCCCCUGUUGUGGUCAAUACAGACAGUUUGGACACGCCUCCAUAUGUAAACGGGACAGAAGCGGAUUAUGAAUAUGAAGAGAUCACGCUCGAACGGGGUAACUCUGGGCUGGGUUUCAGUAUCGCGGGGGGAACGGACAACCCCCACAUCGGUGAAGACCCCAGCAUCUUCAUCACCAAGGUCAUCCCUGGGGGGGCGGCGGCCCAGGACGGACGACUCCGGGUCAACGACGUCAUCCUGCGGGUGAACGAGGCGGACGUGCGGGACGUGACCCACAGCCGGGCGGUGGAAGCUCUGAAGGAGGCCGGGUCGCUGGUGCGCCUCUACGUCCGCCGGAGGAAGCCCGUCUCCGAGAAGGUGAUGGAGAUCAAGCUAGUGAAAGGACCCAAAGGUCUUGGUUUCAGUAUAGCAGGGGGAGUGGGGAACCAGCACAUCCCAGGGGACAACAGCAUCUACGUCACCAAAAUCAUCGAAGGAGGAGCUGCGCACAAAGACGGGAGGCUACAGAUAGGGGACAAACUUCUGGCUGUGAACAGUGCUUGCCUUGAGGAGGUGAGCCACGAACACGCUGUGACUGCCUUGAAAAACACUCCCGACGUGGUCUACUUGAAAGUGGCAAAACCCAACAGUGUCUUCAUGAAUGACAGUUUCGCCCCGCCUGACAUCACCAACUCCUACUCCCAACACAUGGAGAACCAUAUCAGCCCUCCCAGCUACCUGGGCCAGCCCCUUCCCCCAGUGGCCCCGUCAGGACGCUACUCGCCCACCCCAAAAAGCAUGCUGGGAGAAGAUGUCACCAGAGAGCCCAGGAAGGUGGUGCUCCACAGAGGGGCGACGGGCCUGGGCUUCAACAUAGUGGGUGGAGAGGACGGAGAGGGCAUCUUCAUCUCCUUCAUCCUGGCAGGGGGACCUGCAGACCUGUGUGGCGAGCUGAGGAAAGGAGACCGCCUCGUCUCUGUGAACGGGGUGGACCUCCGCAGCGCCACUCACGAGCAGGCGGCGGCGGCGCUGAAAAAUGCUGGGCAGACAGUCACCAUCGUGGCCCACUACAGACCAGAGGAGUACAGUCGGUUUGAAGCCAAGAUCCACGACCUGCGAGAACAGAUGAUGAACAGCAGCAUCAGCUCGGGGUCGGGCUCGCUGCGGACCAGCCAGAAGAGGUCACUCUACGUUAGAGCCCUAUUCGACUAUGACAAGACAAAGGACUCAGGGCUCCCCUCUCAGGGGCUCAACUUUAAAUUCGGGGACAUCCUGCAUGUGGUGAACGCCUCAGACGACGAGUGGUGGCAGGCGCGGCAGGUGACCCCGGAGGGCGAGGCCGAGGAAGUGGGUGUCAUCCCCAGCAAGAGAAGGGUGGAGAAGAAAGAGAGGGCGCGGCUAAAGACGGUCAAGUUCAACUCCAAGUCGCGAGACAGAGGGCAGUCAAUCAAUGACAAGCGUAAAAAGAACCUAUUUUCCCGAAAGUUCCCUUUCUACAACAAGGAUGCAAGCGAGCAGGAAACGAGCGAUGUUGACCAACACGUCACUUCCAAUGCCAGCGAUAGUGAAAGUAGUUACCGUGGUCAAGAGGAGUACGUGCUGUCCUACGAGCCAGUCAGUCAACAGGAAGUGAACUACACCCGUCCAGUGAUUAUUCUCGGUCCCAUGAAGGAUCGGGUAAACGACGACCUGAUAUCGGAGUUCCCCGACAAAUUUGGGUCCUGUGUACCCCACACAACCAGACCUAAGCGGGACUAUGAGGUGGAUACCAGGGACUACCACUUUGUGGUGUCCAGGGAGCAGAUGGAGAAGGACAUCCAGGACCACAAGUUUAUCGAGGCAGGCCAGUACAACAACCACCUGUACGGGACCAGCGUGCAGUCGGUGCGUGAGGUGGCAGAGAAGGGCAAACACUGCAUCCUGGAUGUGUCGGGCAACGCCAUCAAGAGGCUGCAGCUGGCCCAGCUCCAUCCCAUCGCCGUUUUCAUCAAACCCAAGUCCGUGGAGAACAUCAUGGAGAUGAAUAAGAGGCUGACGGAGGAGCAGGGCAGGAAGACCUUUGACAGAGCCGCCAAGCUGGAGCAGGAGUUCACCGAGCAUUUUACAGCCAUCGUUCAAGGAGACACCUUGGAGGAGAUCUACGAGCAAGUCAAGCAGAUCAUAGAGGAACAGUCUGGCCCGUUCAUAUGGGUGCUAUCCAAGGAGAAAUUAUGAAGAGGUCACAACACUUUCUACUCCCCCGUCGUCCUCCUCUCCUUUUUAUUUAUGAUUUAUGCCCUGUUCUGCUGAAACUGGCAACACUACCCUACUAUCUCCCAAACGGUCCGAACCUUAUCACCCCCUUCUUCCUCAAUCCCCCUCCUCUGCCAGGCUUCUCUCAUGACCUAAGUCUUCGGUCCCACUGACCGAGAAGUGACAGUGAUGGCCAGUGAUGACAACAACAAAUAGCCAGAGCGGCAGAUGAUGUUGUUAAAACGGUACAGUUCCUUAAUGCUUAAAGGAGGUGACUUUCUACGAAGAAAGGAAAGUGAAACAACGUUUAAGUGACUCGCGGCUUAAAGGUACCUCCUUUUUAAGUCUAGUUUUUUUUUCCGAAUCGAAGAAGAAGGAAGGAAGCAUUAGGUUAUAAGUAGCGGAAACACAAAGCAAAACUUUGCACGUGAUAGCUUUAACAGCAUGUCUUUUUAUUACCUUUUUCCACUUUCUUUUACCCCCCAAUCUUCAUCCUUCAGCAAAUUUAUCAUAGUACUCUUCUUCUUUUUUUUUUUUACACAGUUGUAUUCACUUUUCCCCCCGCUCCUUACCAGUGUAUCCAUGUUAGAAAGCCAUUGGAUUUUGUGUCUUUGAGCGGCACACAGAUGUUUCUUGUGCGGCACUUGAUUGAACAGGGUUCUUCAACUCAAGUCCUGGAGGGUAGAGUGUGUGUAGUGUGUCCAUUCAAAGGGUUUUACUCUGACCUCUGCUCUUAACAAGAACUGUGUGACGGAAACAGCAUUACUGUUUGUACGGUUGUAAUUCUUUUAGCAAAGAUAUCAUUUGCAUCCUACAUGAGUGUUUGAUUUCUGGACUAAUAUUGACAUUUUCAGGAGCAAAAUGUGAUAUUGCUCCUACUAAAACACAUAGUGCCCUCUAGAACUUGAGUUUGAGAUCAGUGUAAGAACUAUGGAGAGUUUUUAAGCUGUGUCUUGCUGUUUAAAUGACCAUCUUUGAUCGUUUGAAUUGUUUUUGAGAGUCCUUUUACAGAUGCGAAAGUAAGGAACUGCCAUUUUUAGGUGUCCUUAGGUUUGUCAGCAAAUUGCAAAUGCAAAAAUGUAACAACUUUAUUGUACAAUGAGAUUUUAACAUAUAUUUAACCCUCCGUAAACUGCCUAUUUUGUUAUAAUAAAAGUCUAUAUUGAACUUUA